AUGCCAUUUGGGCUCAACAUCGCUCCCAGAGUAUUCACCAAACUAGGAGAGAGGAUAGUUCAGGAACUAAGAACUCAAGGAGUUAUGUUAGUAGCCUAUCUAGACGACUGGCUCAUUUGGGCAACCAGCGUCGAAGAAUGCCGCAAAUCAACAGCCAAAGUGAUAAAUUUCAUGGAAAUUCUGGGGUUUCAGAUAAACAAGGAAAAAUCUCUGUUGGUUCCGGCCUCCCACUUCCAAUGGCUGGGAAUCCAUAACACACAAGUGAUCUCUUCCACCCAGGAAGACCAAGGAGAUAGCAGCGGCUACGAGACAGUUCCUCAAGAACAAAAAGGCGUCUCGGUGUACCCAAGAGAGAAUCCUAGGUUCACUACAGUUCGCUUCAGUAAGAGACGUCCUAUUACAAAUCAGAUUGAAAGACAUCAAUCGAAGCUGGAGAAAGAGAGCCAACAACAGGCUCAGAGACAAGAUCUCAAUAAUUCCACCUAUUCUGACAGAGAGGCUUUGUCCAUGGACGAAACACCGGAAUCUAGCCAAGUCAGUACCACUGCAAUUCCCACCGCCGUCUCUAAUCAUCCACAAAAUGGAUGCAUCACAGAGCAGUUAGGAGGAUAUUCACAAUACAAGAAGGUACAAGGAACAUGGUUGAGUAUGUUCCGCCAGUUCCACAUCAAUAUUCCAGAAGCUAUGGCAGUUUUCCUAACCUUAAAACGACCAGCUCUGGCUAGGAACAGUCAUGUGAGAAUAGUCUCGGAGAGUCUAGUUGUGGUCCAUUGCAUAAACAGAGGAGACUCCAAGGCAAGCAAACUGAAUCACGUAUUCAUUGCGAUAUUCUCAUUGGCGACUAAAAACCAUUGGUACCUGUCAGCAACUCACCUGGUGGGAGUAAGAAAUGUUAUUGCAGAUACACUUUCCAGGACAACUCCAUUGGAAUCGGAGUGGUCCCUGGACAGAAAGUUAUUCCGGUGGAUUUGCAAGCAAAUCCCGGAUCUUCAGGUAGAUCUGUUGGCCACAGAAGCCAACCACAAACUACCGUGUUAUGUGGCACCCAACCCAGACCCUCUGGCGUACGCCACGGAUGCGAUGUCUAUAGAUUGGAACAAUUGGCAGAAGAUUUAUCUUUUUCCACCAGUGAAUCUUCUGAUGAAGGUCCUGCACAAAGCUAAGAUUUUUCACUGGACAAGUAACAUUAGUGGCACAACGACUGGCCCAAAGAGCAACUGGUUCCCGCUUCUUCUAGAAUUGAAGCUCCAACCCAGACGAAUCCCUCGACCAGAACUAACACAGACAGUACAAACUCACUGUGUCAGCUUCCUCAAGAAUUCUGAAUGCCCUAACUUUAUGGACUUCAUGAAGUUUGCAGCUCAAAAGGACGCUAGUAUUGAUCCACUAAACAUCUUAUUCAUAGGAUCAGAUAAGAGAGAAUCAACAUUCAGGCAAUAUGCUUCGGCAUUUAAGAAUUAG